AUCUAGUGUUUUGCCCGAAUAAUUAUUAUGAACUAUAAUCCAAAUUCCAAAACCAAACCGCCAUGGAAAUUAAUGCUUUAUAUAAGCAUCUUCAGCUCCCCUUUUAUCUGCGGGGCAAUCUUCAAACCUGAAGACAACUAACCCAUUUUAUCAUUUUUUAUUAUUUGAUAUGCUACUUCUCUCCUAAAUUCAAGAGGGUUUAUUUUUUUCAUGGCGGCCGCUUUCUUCUUUCUUCUUAUGCCCUUCUUCUUGGUUCCUGCAAGUACACAUUUGCAAUCCAAUGAAGAGGGCUUUAUUUCUACAGUAAUCUCUGAAAAGGGUCUUGAUUUUGCCAAGGAUAUAUUGAUAGAGAAGGCGAUUUCCUCUCUAACGCCUCUUUACUUGCCCCGAGUUGAGAAGACUCUGAGAAUUCCAUUAAUUGGAAAUGUCCAUUUUGGUUUAUCCAAUAUCUCGAUUUACAGGGUAGAUGUUCGUUCUUCGUAUGUUAAGCCUGGUGAUACUGGUAUUUCAAUUGUUGCUUCUGGUGCUACUGCGAAUUUGAGUAUGAAUUGGUUUUAUUCCUACAGCGCUUGGCUUAUUACUGUUUCUGAUAAAGGGAAUGCCUCCGUUCAGGUUGAAGGCAUGGAAGUGGGGCUUACUCUAGGCCUGGAAAAUCAGCAAGGAACACUGAAGCUGUCACUUAUGGAUUGUGGCUGUUAUGUGAAAGAUAUUGAUAUAACCUUGAAUGGAGGUGCUUCUUGGCUUUAUCAAGGGGUGGUGGAUGCUUUUGAAGGGAAAAUAAGGUCCUCGGUGGAAAAUGCUAUUACUAAGAAGAUUAAAGAAGGGAUUCUGAAGCUUGAUUCCUUACUAAGAUCCCUUCCGAAAGAAGUCUCUGUGAAUGAAAUUGUUGCUUUAAAUGUCACUUUUGUUAACGAGCCUGUAUUUAGUAAUUUUUCGAUUGGGUUUGAGAUUGAUGGACUAUUUACAGCAGCAGAUAAGGUUGUCAGUUCUGGAAACUACGUUAUGAAUUCACAACUUUCAGCUUCGUGCAAAGGUCCAGUUAAGAUGCUUGAGAUUUCCCUGGACGAAGACGUAUUUAACUCUGCAUCCAACAUAUACUAUAAUGCAGAAGUUAUGCAAUGGAUUGUGGACAAAGUACCAGAUCAGUCUCUUUUGAACACAGCUAGCUGGAAAUAUAUUGUUCCUCAGCUGUACAAGAUGUACCCCAACAAUGACAUGAAUCUGAAUGUUUCUCUAUCUUUUCCUCCAUUUAUAAAGAUUUCACCUUAUAAUAUUGAUUCUACCAUUUACUCAGAUGUGACGAUUGAUGUCUUUGACAACAAUGAUACCAUACCAGUUGCAUGCAUCUCAUUGGUAGUUAAUGCAUCAGGUUCGGUGGGCAUCUCAGGGAAUAAUCUAGUUGGAUCUGUCACGUUAGUUGACUUCACCAUGUCAUUGAAAUGGAGCAAAAUUGGUGACUUCCACAUGUAUCUGAUUCAGUCAGUGAUGCGCACUCUCCUCAAAACGGUGUUCUUGCCAUAUGUCAACUUACAUCUCGGAAGAGGAUUCCCACUGCCCAUAAUCCGUGGUUUCACUCUUCAAAAUGCUGAUAUAUUCUGUGCCAGCUCAAAAAUUUAUGUGUGCAGUGACGUGGUUUUUGCGGAUUCGUAUAAACCCAAACUGCUUCCUUAUGAUCUAACUCAUCCUCUUCUGGGUUUUGGUGUAUGAUAAUUUUAGCUUUUCUAUGAAGAUUCUGUUGGUCCUAUUCUCCUGUACAGUUGGGAAAUAGGGAUCUCCUGGUUUCAUAUGGAGAAUUUGGGCUACUGCAUUGGCUUCUUUAAUGCGGCAAAGACUAAAUGGCACCCUCAAACCAUUCUCAGAUGAUUCAGCAUCAUUGUAUUCAGGAGAGUCAAGGCACAGUUACAGAUCAUAGUGCCAUUUGUGUAAAUACGCUUAUAGAGCCAUGCUUCUCUUUUCUCCCAUUGUUGAUGUUAGUUCAGUUGUUUCUAAUUCAUUACUUGCAAAGCAGAUGUAAUGUUCGAUUUUUUUUAAUUUUCUAGGUGAAAAAGAUGUUUGAUGUACUGUAUUAUUUCUAUUAUGUUCUAGUGUUAAACCAGUGUUUCUUAA